AUGCCGCUUUCCAUCGGCUUUGCAUUUGCCCGCAGUGUUUAUCGGGGCGCAUCAGUUUAUAUCGGUGCGAUGAAGUCUACAAAAAGAUCUCGCGGCAUUCCUCGACUCCUCUUCUCCACCAAAUGGGUGAUACGAGAUGGCCAGCUGAUGUGGAAGCAGAUUUUUAUUUCAGGGCGCGAAGAGUUGACAUCCAUCGAUAAGCUGGCUGAAGAGUGGCCCGUCUCAGUUGGAGAGCUUGGCAAGAUCAAGGAGAUGGUCAUCUCUAAGAUGAAGAAAGAGGUGAAAGUCAAGGCUGCUUCAUUUGUAAAGAACUUGAAGGCCACUGACAAGUUUUUAGGUAACAUUGCCAAGUUACCUACGGCCGCUUCCAUAGAAAGGCAGCAGUUGGACAAACUUUCCGUUGCCAUAGAGAAGGCCUCGCUUUGGGGUCCUGAAGAAGCUGCCUGUGUGACAGAGGCUAUAGGAGAAUGCAUCCAUUUUGGGAAGGGUUCGAAGCAGAUCCUCUUAGAGGGGACGGCAAAGAAGAUCUCUUUGGCAGCACCAGAGCAAAAGAAGUGUGAUCGAAGGGGGCUCCAAGACUACACCAUGCUUCCACUUUGGAUUCCAGAUUCCAUAUGGGGAACGGUCGCGAACCUAGCUAUUUGCAAAGAUCAGAUCUUGCACCUGGUUUGCCUUCAUGCUCACAGAUGCGGAUUAGUCAAUCCAACAGAAGCCACCUUUGGAGUCAUCGCUUGCAUCGUUUGCUGGAGUGUUUGGAGCAAGCAUGAGACUUCUCAAAGCAAUCGAUACCAAAGCCUUAUGUCCAUGAAGCCCAAGAUCAAAUCGAUCCUUUUGACGCUUGCCAAAGACAACCCUGUGCCCAAUGAGAAACGGUUGAAGAGUUUGCCUCAUGAUGUGACAGAGGUGCCCAGUGUCCUUGAAGAAGUCUUUGCGAAGGAGAAGAAACCUUCUCAGCGCUAUGUGACGGAGAGUUUCCUGGGCCUGUGUAGAAGCAUGCCAUUAAGGAAGACUCACACAGCCUCUUCGUGGUUUCAUGGUGGGCAAUCAGCCCUUGCGCCGUUCAUCUCCAAGAUGCAUGCAGUCCCAGCUCUGAUGGUCCCAGCUCUGAUGGAUGUGGAUCCUCAACAAGAUUCUCAGACCAGCAUGGUUUCUGAAGUUGGGCCAGUGCUGCCUAUCCCCGGUGUUGUUGGUGCUCCAGCAAGUCCAGUCAAGGCCAGACCUCCAGCUCCAGUGAAACCGAUGGAUGCAAUCACAGAUAUAGUCAAAGCUGAUUGCCCUCCCAAAGGUGAAGAGGGUGAGCAGGAGACAAAAGGGAACCAAGCCGUGAAGAUAGUUCCUGGUGAAGAACUUUCCAAGAAAAUGAAGAAGCAAGAGAAGAAGAGCCAUCCGAAAGGGGAUUGCUUGGAGGUCUUGGAAAGGCUCAAGGCAGAGUUGGCUGCAAAAAAAAAGAAAAAAGGCAAUGGCAAGGAAGACCCAGAUGUGAAAGCAGCAGCUUCCAAAGGGAAGCCCAAAGCAAAAGGAAAGCCCAAGAAUGAAAAAAACAAGGGUGAUGCUCCCAGGCAGGAAAGCAAGAAGAAAGCAAAACGUGCUGUCGAGCCUGAUGUUUCAGAAGAUGGACAGCAAAUGGAAGUUGGCAAAAAGGAAACAAAACGUCAGCGCCAUGACAAGAGUUCUCCCAAGCCUCAGCAGAUUUCGAAACCGAAAUCGGAAAAGAAGACAAAGAUCGUGCAGAAGAAACCUGCAGAGAAUGCCGGCAUGGAUGAGUCCCAUGCAAAGCCAUCUGCAGAAGAUGACAUUCGAAGCACUGACACUAAGAAGACUUUCACCAGCAGGCAAUAUCACAAACGAUACUCGAAAUCGUUGGCUGAGGGAUUGGGCGCAGACGAAGCAAAGCGGCUCGCACGAGAAGCGCAUCGUGAGGCUGCAGACCUUUGGGGCAAAAAGAGUCCAUCUUAG